AUGAGAGUCAUUUGCACCGUAUGCAAAAUUGGAGGGCCAAUUGGUAUAUUAGGCCAUAAGAAUUUGCCGUCUCUUAUGACAUUAUACCAAAUUUUACUUUUUCUUUCUCUUUUCAAAUUUCAAAACUAUCAUGAAGUCUUCCAGUACUGGAAUCCACCUCCAGGUUUUAACUUAGUGUCCCUACUACUAAGCUAUGGUUUGAGAACUAGUUGUUUCAAUUUAGAAUUUUGGUUUAGUCAUUUUGAGAAACUCUUAGGCUAUGAAUGUUACAUUCGUGCCCGAGAUAAUCCAUUCUUUGAUGGUCUAUUAAAAGGUGAUAUCAUCUCAAGGAAUCGGAGUCCGACAUUGGACUUUCAAGGAAAUGAUGGACGCAGGAAGAACAAUUCUCGGACAACUUCUGAUAUUACUCAUGCAAGAAGUAACAAACACUUCAUUCAAGAAAUAUCCGAGAACUCCGUGGAGUCGCCAAUAAAAGACUCAGUCUCAGACAUUGGUCUGAAUCCGGUUGAGCAAUCUGCAUUAGGAAGACUGUCCAAGAUUUCAGAAUCAAAUUCAUUAGUAUUCCCAAAUUUUCAGUCUGAUACGAGCUGGGAGUUGGGUGGUACAUAUGUUCCAAGUAAAGAAUCUAGUCCCAAAGCUUCUGAAGCAAAUAAAGAGUGUCAAAUUGUACCAAAACCUGCGGUCGAAAAAUCACCAAGACCUGCGGUCGAAAAAUCUUUUAGCAUGAACAAAAGGAAACAGAACCUGUCAAAGAUACCACUUCCUCAAUCUGCUGCAUCAUUCUAUAAUGGAUUGUCCCCUGACCUUGAAAUUAUGCAGUCAUGGGACAGCAUUAAGAGGCUAAAUCUAUUCUUGAAAUCCGGAAGAGAGGAUGUCCGAGCUGGUGUUCCUGGAAGAUUCUUGCAUGCUGUAAUUGGCCAAGAUUCUGAUGUUGGAUCCAUCAUAUCAACCAUCAUGUAUGCUUUCUACUUGAACGAGGCGCAGGCAAGUGACAAGUUGUGCACUGUACCGGUGAUCAAUAUGAAAAGGGAAGACCUGAAAUGUCGCGCUGAACUGCAAUGGUUGUUGAAUUCAUGUCAAAUUGAUGAGUCAUUUUUAUUGUUUAUAGAUGAGAUUGACCUAUCAUAUUAUGAUCUGUUUGGGAGUCUCAAGCUAGUUCUACUAAAUGGAGACAAGCUACCAGCCAAACAAGAGGCAUUAAAGGGAGCACUCACCGAGCUAUUCAAUUGCAGAAAGGGCGAAUCUGAAUAUCCUGGGGUUGCGAAAGUUACUGUUUCCGAGGACUCCUCUUGUUGUACCCUCAUUGCUGAAAAGUUUGCACAGAUUUCACCGGAGAUUUUGGCCGAACAAGGAUUCAGCAGACUUUUGUUGGCAGGCAUCCUCUCAGAUACCGGAAACCUUUCCGGCCCACAUUGUACAGAUAAAGACAAGUACACUGCUACACUAUUGAUCAAUGGUGCUGGCCGCUUCGGCUCCAAUGGUCUUUACCAACUAUUGAGAUACAAAAUGCAUGAUGUUUCCGAUCUCAAAUUAAUCGACAUAUUGCGCAAGGAGUUUAAGAAAUGGACAAGAGUAGGUUCGAAAUCAGUACUGUCGUACAUUGGGAUGAGCUCUAUUGGUAUAUCAAUAGAGCAACUUCUUUCUCAUCAGGAUAGAUCGACUCAAGAAAUCAAGUAUUUCCAGCAGUUGGAGAGACUUCGACUACUAAUGAUAGUAUCUGGAUAUUAUGAUUCAGACAACAACUUCAAGAGAGAGAUCCUAUUCAGUGCCGAAUCAGUUGAUCUUAUGAAGAAUCUGCUCUUGUUCCUGAAUUCCAAUGCAUCUCACCUCCCUCUCAAAGUUCUUCCCCACAAAGGUGCGAAAGAUGAAAUGAUGAGGGUAUUUGAGAUUGACAAGAUCACAUCCAGAAAGACUAUUGAGCGUCUCCUAGAAGAAUUUGAUGCUGCUUCUGCUGUAAAGGCUUAAUCUGGUUCACGACGAGCAUUCUCUUUGUUGAUUUAAUUUGGCAUUUGUCUCAAAAACAAUGGUGAAAACUUGAAUUAUUAAAAUUAAUUUCCAUCCACGGGCGUAAAGCUUUAAUAAGAUGUAUUAAUCAUAUAUGUAUACGUAUAAAAUAACUUAAAUAUGUAAUGAAAUAAGCACACAAAAAAUGAAAAUUUAA